AUGACUAUGACUCCGCUUCAGCUCAAGGUCGAACCGCUGACCCAUGAGGCGUGGGCUGCGUUUGGUCAUGUGAUCCAAGGCGCGGAGGACUCGAGCGCGGUUCCGCAGGGGAUCGCCGUGAACAAGAUCUCGCAUACAACUCGAUUGGUCAGUAGGAUAUUUGGAUUCGUCAUUCAAUCGGAUCCUUUUGCUGAGAGACACCGUGCUGGGAUCUCUGCAGGGCCACAAGUUCAAUCGGCUCGCGCCCAUCACGUCAUCCUACCCCGCCUCUUCCUCCUCCUCGACACCAGCAGCGGACAAAGCCGUGACCUCCAUCUCCCUGGCCCGAAUAGGACCCGUUCCUGAACUCAAGUUUGGCACCUCGUUCGAAGUGAGGAUGUUGGAGCGACACGCGGCGUCGAGCCAAGCUUUCAUGCCGCUUAAUACGAGUGGGGACGAAUGGACGAGGUGGAAUGGCGAGAAGGGGUUGAAGGGGCAGGAACAGACGCCGGGGGGGAUGUUGGUUAUGGGUGCUUUGUGUGGCGAAGGUGAGUACAGGAGAAUGGUCGCGUGCUGGGCAGAUGUCACCGAUGGAAGGGCUCUUUCGCAGAUGAGGAAGCAAGUCCCGAGUCUGAUCCCUCGCUCCUCUCUUUGCUAAACAACAGACGACAAGCCCGAUCUCAGCACUCUUCGAGUGUUCCUUUCUUCCCCAUCACAAGGUCUUUCGUACAACGAAGGCGUGUGGCGUAAGUCCGAAUUCCACCGUUCAGCUCUCGGAGAACGUGGCUGACCGAAAAUUCGGUUCAUCGCAUCCACCUACAGACCACUCGGUACUCUCGUUCAACUAUGCCGACUACGCAAUUGUCGAUACUCAGAUCACGACCGAUUCGAGUCUCAAGCUAGACUGCGAGAUCUUGCGACGAAAGGUCGGCGAGGAAGCGCCGUUCGCUGUGGUGGAGGUGCCGAUGAUUCAGUGA